GCCUGUAUCAGACACCCCAGCAGUGUUGUCAACGCCGCGCCCACCACGCUCCUCGGGGAGAACACCUGCGGCGUCACUCUCUCCUUAGUCGUACCCUGGCGUCAGCAGGUGUUUGUUGAGCUCCAGACUCGUGUGGGACAUUGUAUUCUCGACACGUGUUAUGUAUUGAAUGAUAGCAUACAAAGAUGUCGACCCAGGUUACAGUUCAUAGGAUGGUGACCACCACCACCACUUCAGCUUUCCUCAUUAAUGUUGGAUACCUCAAGACAUUCCCAGGCAUUCUUAAAAUAUUCCAGAUUAUCCUGGGAUGUGUAGCAGUUGGCAUAAUUGGACACUAUAUCCACUGGUCUCAAAGAUCAGACAGUCUUGUGCCAGAGCUCUUUUUCCUGCUGAUAGCAACAGCAUGCCUCAUCACCACCUCUCUCCUCCUCUUCUCCUGCAUAUGUUCCAUUGCUACCGCCUCCAUCAUCCCCAAGACCCUUUUUGAGACGAUGUAUCACAUAGUGGCAUCAUUGCUUUACUUCGCCAGUGCCCUUUACCUCCUCAUUUACCUGACCAACAAAACUUACCGGGACAGCCACUAUGUAGCUAAGACGGCUGCCAGUGUUGUCCUGUUACAUGGUACACUGUCCUACCUUCUAGUGUGUUCUUCUAUUAACCUACUGAGGGAAGUGGUGUCCAGGAACGAAGGAUAUAAAAUAUACGAGAAAGGCUACAGCUCUAAAAUAUUUUCAGGGGCUCUGGGACUGGUGAACUGUGCUCUCUAUAUCCUCUCCAGCAUCUACUCUGUCAGGACCUUCCGCCGAGGUUAAUUAUUGACUGCUCCUUCAAUUGAACAAGAUUCAUUGAGGAUUGCAGGAAAUUCUCCUUAGGAGCACCUUUUAUUUAGAUCUACUGCAGAGAUUGAUUGUUUCUGGAAUAUAAUUUAUGAUUAAAAUUUAAAGCUUUUGCCAGAGCUUAAUUUUUGGGAGCUAAAUCUAGAACAGUGUCAUGAUGUCAAGGUCAGCACUUCAGUGGGGGCCCCCUUUCUCUGAAAAACAUUGGUAUCCUUCAGUAAAACCAAUGUUAUCUAUGUUGACAUUUUCCAUUCAUCCAGGCAGUUUGAAAAUUUCUUUUAUAAGAAUUCAAUCGGUGAUUUGUUGGUUUUAAGUCCUAAGCAUAAUAAACAUCUUAAUAUAUUUACAUCUCUACAACUCUGUAACUACAGUAUUCUAAUUACAGAGAAUUAGUUAUUAUAUACUUUAUAAUAAUAAAUUACUUAAUGCAAUAAGAUGAGAGUCAUUCAGCUUUACAAAUCUUUGUAUGGCCCAAUUUGUUUACUGUAUUUAAGUGUAAAGACCUCUUCAUCAAAAAGACAUUAUUUCACUAGAGAAAAUUCAACACUGGAUGACUAUAAUUAUCCAAAAAAUAUCAGUAAGUACCUUAGCAGGAAAGGCUGUCCGACUGACAACUUUUGAGUCACUCACACAUUUAGGGUAUUGGGUAAAUUACUGAAUAUAAACCCUGGCCUUAAGAGGUCUAAUGAGAUAGGUUAAACAUUUAAAGCUAUUUUGCACAAUAGACAGCAAGAGGUUUUUCUUCCCUUCUUAGAGUAAUAAGGAAACAGUCUGUCCAACAAAGCUGGAAAGACUCCUCAGGAAGAGUUGGGGGUGUUCUCUACACAACCAUGGGCUUCCUGGCCCCACGAUGACCUUCAGAAAUAAUGGUCAGUAGGUUAAUACAGGUAAAUCAACAAAGUGUUCUUCAUGAAUCUAGAAGUGUACAUAAAUUAUUUUCUGUUGAAAUUGCAAAUAAUUAAACAUUAAUUGUUCAUCUUUGUCUUAUGUCUGUUAGUGUACAUAGUGUAUUGGAUUUUAAGUUUAAAUAAAUAUUAUUUAAAAAAAAAAUAUUUCUGACUAUAAAAAUGUUCAGAAUAUUGUGCAAGACAAAAUCAUGGUCAUGCCGUAGAAAAUUUUAAUCAAACUUUAAUGAUUUAUGUUAAGUGUGUUUAGUUCUUGCUUUCCAUACGAAGCCUAACACAGUGUAUGGGACAGCAUGCCAACAUCAUUGUCUUCAGGCUUGGUGUCUUUGUAUUACUAGUUGUUUAAGCAUGGAGAUGACAUUUUAUUCUCAGAGUUUCACUUUCUCAUAAAUUUUCUACAUACAGUAUAUUCUACAGUAGUUAAUACAAUAUUUAUAUUUUUCCACAAAAAUGCAAGUGUUGACUUUAUACGUCAUACAGAGAGCUCUCUUAUUUUAUACUCUUUUUACCAGUUCUAAUAAUAAAAGUCAGAGUAAUAUAAGCUAUGUAGUAGAGUGUAAUGAAGCAUGCAGUGUUUCACAGACCUUCCUUAAUAUUUAUGGGUAUAGUGAGUAGGGCUCGGUAGUCAUGAGGCUCAUUCAUGAUCAUGUGCUGAGACUAGUUGAGAGAGAGGAAUGUGUUUAAUAUUGUACAACUUUAAUUAAUAUUAGCUGACUGCAUAAAAUGAGCGCUCAUAUCCUAAGAAGCUUUCUCAAUUUCUUGUCUUGUACUACAUAGUACUGUUUUCAAUUACCUUGACCUUAUUUUCUUGCUCUUAAUAAAAUUUUCAAAGGUGAUCUUUUGUGUUACAAUGCAUUUAUUAUGACUACAAUUAUAGAGAUGAUUCUCUCAUUUGAAGAUGUUAAUAUGGCACUAAAACAGUACAAUAAUUUGAUAAUUGACACCAUAAGGUAUGUCAGUCAUGGAACAAUGUGCAGUGUACAAUGUAACUUAUUGUUUAAAAAUAAAGUUUUCUUUUUAACGUGACAAUUAGUUUGAAAAUUGUAUUUUGUUUCUGCUGAAGAUUAUGUUGUUUAGAAUUGUAAUACUAAGCUGAUUUUUUAAAGCAGGUGUGGUUCCAAGACAAAUGUUCAGACAAGUUUAAUAUACAGUAGUUUAAAAUGUUUAAAAGCUUUAAUUUCCAAGGAAAAAUGUUUUGUACGGUAAGUUUAAUUUUAAUGUAAAUUAUUGUUAGCAAAUAGUUAAAAACAAAUUUUUUAGCAAGAUUAGCUUUAAAGUCAAUUAUUAGCAAGUCUGGCUCUUGAGCAAAUUUUUGGGCAAUAACAUUUUAAAUAUGUGAAAUGAAUGUUAUUGUGCAUUUUAAAAACUGUAAAUGUCUUGGUACAAUACAGUAUAGUUAAGACUGUCAAAAUGUGUAGACACUGUUCUGUUCUCAAUCCAAACAGGUAACUCCACAGAAACAUAUGUUUAAUUUUUUUUAUGUGAAGCUGGAAGCAGAUAAUCUUUGCAGAGUAGAUAUUGGUAUGUGAGAAUUGUCCAUAAUUUGUUUUUCUUAAGUAGAUUAAGUUAUCAUGCAAUGUCAUAUAUCACAUGCUAUAAAUGAAGUGACAGAUGUCACAUGCAGUAAAUGACAAGUAUAAAUAUUUUGCAUAUGAAUAUAUUGAGAUAAAUGACUUUUCAUAAUUUAUUAUUGUAUUGGUAAACUGAAUUGUUACAGAUGAUAUUCAUUAAUGUAAGCAAGGACAAACAGUGAAUUGAAAUGUAAAAAUUGCUAUGCACAUCAUUUUGUUCAUUUACGGUAUGUUGAAAAUGUCUGUUUUCAAAAUGCUUUUAAUAUAUUAUGCAGUACUGUACUGUAAUUAGUGUCAUGAUGCUGUAAUAAGUAUUUAAUAAGAAAUUUAUAAAAUAUGUAGGUUACCUUUAAAAUAAAAUGUACAAAUUACAUUUUGUUAAUAAGAAAUGUACUCACGUGUAUGUUAAAAAUUAUUGUUUGCCAUUCUGAAAGAGAUUUUCUAACUUUUCUUGGCUAAUAUUUGUAAUACAGUAAGUAUAAUUACAUUGUAUUUUAAGAUAAUUUUCAUUUAUUAUUUAUGUUUUAACCUUAUUAAUCUUGGACAGAUCCUCAUUUGUAAUAGAAACUUUUAAAGCAAAUUUGAUAAUUAAUUUAAAUGUCAUGGAAAUUAAUAUCCUGAAAAUAGAUAUCACUGAACAACUUUGGGCAUCGCUACUUAAAAACAUUAAUACUUAAAUAUCAAGAAUAUUGUAUGUCAAGCUGCUGUACUAUUCCAGAGAAACAUUUACUGUUGCACAAAAAUAAUGCUGAAUGUUAAUCCAAGUUACCUGAGGAAAGUUAUGGGUGCUAGUCACUCUUGUGACAAUAUUUAUUCUCUACAUUACAUUGUAUUACACAUUUUAUCUGCACCAAUUUUGGCUAAGUUUUCCUGGCAUAGUAUAAUGCAUAUCUAGUCGCAGUUCAAGUACAGCACUUGUAUUGCCUUAAUUGUAAUAGAUAUGUAAAAAUAAAUAUAUAUAAACAAUUCA